AAGUUUGAACAAGUUUAGUAAUUUCAACUCAAUAAAAAUAAGUAGACAUAAAAUCAAAUUAUUAUAUAUAAAAUUUAAUAAGUUUACCUAAAAUGUUAUAAUUAAGUUUAGAUUAAUUUAAAAUAAGUUGAAUAAAAUCGAGAAAAUCCUGACAAUUGACUUUUGAGUUCUUAUGACAAGUGAAGAAAAUUUCUGCUAGUUAUUUCCAUAGGUCCCCCAAAAAUGCAAAAUCCAAAAGCUGCUGCCCUUUAUAAAAAGUUUGUUCUUGUUCACCAAAAAAAAAAAACAAAACAGAAAACCUAGAAAAAUAACAAAAAACAAAGGAGAGAAUCUUGAGGACUAAUUUCCUCGAUUUCUCAGACACCUGCAUUUUUUCUUUUUCACUUCUAGUUUAAUACUAACUUCCCAAACUCACAAGAAAAAAACAAACUAAAUUACUGCACACCACAAAUACUACAAUCACACAGUUGUAAAGAGAAAUUGAGAGAGUAGGAAGGACAAGUUUCUACCACUACUCUGCAGCGGCACUGAGGUAUACACCUAGGAGAUGAGUCCUUAUGUAGUUGGAGUUCUUGUUCCUCUUGUUUUUACCCUUAUAAUUCGUAAUACUAAGCGUGGGAAAAAAAGAGGGUUGCCUAUUGAUGUUGGUGGGGAACCUGGCUAUGCAAUUAGGAAUGGUCGGUUUACUUCCCCUGUGACAACGGCAUGGAAGGGCGUUUCAACACUUGCUGAACUUUUUGAGAAGUCAUGUGAAGAGCAUAGAGACAAGCCCCUUCUUGGAACCAGAAAGCUGCUUGCCAAGGAGACUGAAGUAACAGAAGAUGGGAGAUCCUUUGAGAAAGUUCACUUGGGAGAGUAUGAGUGGCUUACCUAUGGAAAGACAUUCGAAACAGUCUGCAGUUUUGCUUCUGGUUUGGCUCAACUUGGACAUUCCAGAAAUGAACGUGCUGCAAUUUUUGCUGAUACACGGGAGGAAUGGUAUAUUGCAAUGCAGGCUUGUUUCAGGCGCAACAUUACUAUUGUGACAAUAUAUGCUUCCCUAGGAGAGGAAGCUUUAUCUCAUUCAUUGAAUCAGACAGAGGUCACCACUGUAAUUUGUGGGCAGAAAGAAAUGAAAAAGCUUGUGGAGAUAAGUGGGCAGCUCGACACUGUAAAGCGUGUUAUAUGUAUGGAUGACGAGUUCUCUUCUAAUGUCUCUUUAGUGGAGGAAAGCUGGAGUGUCAUUUCAUUUGCUGCUGUAGAAAAGCUCGGACGAGAAAAUCCUGCUGAUGCUGAUUUACCUCUAUCAGCUGAUAUCGCAGUAAUAAUGUAUACCAGUGGGAGUACCGGCAUGCCAAAAGGGGUAAUGAUGACACAUGGUAAUGUACUUGCUACAGUUUCUGCUGUCAUGACUAUUGUUCCCGGACUUGGCAGCAAAGAUGUUUAUUUAGCUUAUUUGCCUCUUGCUCACAUCCUGGAAUUAGCAGCUGAGAACAUAGCAGCUGCAAUUGGAGGUAGAAUAGGAUAUGGAUCCCCUCUUACACUGACAGACACAUCAAACAAGAUAAAAAAGGGUACAAAAGGAGAUGCCACCGUGUUGGCACCUACGUUGAUGGCAGCAGUGCCAGCAAUUCUAGACCGUGUUCGAGAUGGUGUACGCAGAAAGGUUGAUGCCAAGGGUGGACUGUCCAAAAGAUUAUUUGAAUUUGCAUACAACCGCCGCUUAUCUGCAAUGAACGGAAGCUGGUUUGGUGCAAGGGGUCCAGAAAGGGUUCUUUGGGAUUUCUUAGUGUUUAGAAAGGUCCGAGCAGUGCUGGGAGGUCAUAUACGUUUCAUUUUAUCCGGCGGUGCACCUCUUUCUGGUGAUACUCAAAGAUUCACCAAUAUUUGUAUUGGUGCUCCAAUAGGUCAAGGUUAUGGGCUCACCGAGACUUGUGCUGGUGGAACAUUUACAGAGUAUGACGAUACUUCCGUUGGUCGUGUUGGUCCUCCUCUUCCAUGCUCAUUCAUAAAGUUAAUAGAUUGGUCUGAAGGGGGAUAUCUUCUAAGCGAUAAACCAAUGCCUAGGGGUGAAAUUGUUAUUGGUGGUCCUAAUGUCACACUUGGAUAUUUCAAAAGUGAAGACAAAACCAACGAAGUGUACAAGGUUGACGAGACCGGGAUGAGGUGGUUCUACACUGGCGACAUAGGACAAUUUCAUGAUGAUGGUUGCCUUGAGAUUGUCGACCGUAAAAAGGACAUCGUUAAGCUUCAGCACGGGGAAUAUGUUUCCUUAGGAAAGGUUGAGGCAGCUUUAAUUACGAGUCCCUAUGUUGAGAACAUCAUGUUGCAUUGUGAUCCUUUCCAUAGCUAUUGUGUUGCUCUUGUGGUAGCUUCGGAAUCUGCUCUUCGAGAUGUGGAGCAACAAGGAAUUAGUUUCAAUGAUUUUCCUGACUUGUGUCAGAAAGAAGAAACUCUCAAAGAAGUGCUUGGGUCACUAGUAAAGGAAGCUAAGAAGGCUCGCCUACAGAAGUUUGAGAUCCCCACAAGAAUCAAAUUGCUUUCAGAACCAUGGACUCCAGAGUCAGGAUUAGUAACAGCUGCUCUGAAGCUCAAGAGAGAGGUCGUCAAAAAGGCAUUCUCUGACGAGCUCGCCAUGUUAUACUCUUGAUAAUACAAUGUGCAGAAUCUGAUGAUUUAUGAUAGAUGAGCUCACUGCAAGGUACUUUUUCACUUCUUCACUCCCUUCUGCUUGUUUCUAUGUAACAUGUUACGUAUCAACAAAAUCCCCCCCCCCCCUUUUUUUUUUUGGAGGGAGGACCAGCACUUUGUAUUUAGUACUUUUUUGGUCCUCUUCAUGAUAAUGUGACAGGCAAGUUACAGAAAUGCCAAUGAAUGAGCUAUAAACCGUUAGGUUUUUGUUA